AAAUUUUAUGAAUAAGAACCAGAAGCCAGUGCUAACAGGCCAGCGGUUCAAAACUAGGAAGAGGGAUGAAAAGGAGAAAUUUGAACCCACAGUCUUCAGGGAUACAAUUGUCCAAGGCCUCAAUGAAGCUGGGAAGGACCUGGAAGCUGCAGCCAAAUUCUUGGAUGCAACAGGCUCAAGGCUAGAUUACCGUCGUUAUGCUGACACACUCUUUGAUAUACUGGUAGCUGGCAGCAUGUUAGCCCCUGGAGGGACACGCAUAGAUGACAAUGACAAGAGCAAAAUGACCACCCACUGUGUGUUUUCUGCAGAUGAAGAUCAUGAUGCUAUCCGAAACAAUGCUCAGGUCUUUAAUAAACUCAUCAGGAGAUAUAAAUAUUUGGAGAAGGCAUUUGAAGAGGAAAUCAAAAAGCUGCUGCUGUUCCUUAAAGCCUUUUCUGAAACAGAGCAGACAAAGUUGGCAAUGCUCACUGGGAUCCUGCUAGCCAAUGGAACACUUCCUGCCACUAUUUUAACAAGUCUUUUCACUGACAACAUAGUCAAAGAAGGGAUUGCAGCAUCUUUUGCAGUAAAGCUUUUUAAAGCAUGGAUGGCAGAGAAAGAUGCCAAUUCAGUUACCUCUGCUUUAAGAAAAGCCAACCUUGACAAGAGAUUGCUCGAACUAUUUCCAGCCAACCGGCAGACUGUGGAACACUUUGCCAAGUACUUCACUGAUGCAGGUCUAAAAGAGCUCUCGGACUUCCUUAGAGUCCAGCAGUCACUAGGAACUCGUAAAGAGCUUCAAAAAGAGCUACAAGAACGUCUCUCUCAGGAAUGCCCAAUUAAAGAGGUAGUGCUUUACGUGAAAGAGGAAAUGAAGAGAAAUGAUCUGCCAGAGCCUGCAGUGAUUGGACUCCUGUGGACCUGUAUAAUGAAUGCUGUUGAAUGGAACAAGAAAGAAGAACUUGUUGCUGAACAAGCACUUAAACAUCUAAAGCAAUAUGCACCCCUGCUUGCUGUGUUCAGCACUCAAGGCCAGUCAGAACUCAUUCUUCUCCAGAAGGUUCAGGAAUACUGUUAUGACAACAUCCAUUUCAUGAAAGCCUUUCAGAAGAUAGUGGUACUCUUUUACAAAGCUGAUGUCCUGAGUGAAGAAGCUAUACUGAAGUGGUACAAAGAAGCACAUGUUGCUAAAGGCAAAAGUGUUUUUCUUGACCAAAUGAAGAAAUUUGUUGAGUGGCUGCAAAAUGCUGAAGAAGAAUCAGAAUCUGAAGGUGAGGAAAACUAAGACGGUUUGACAAAGCACAAUCUCUAGACUACUACCGAAUGCUCUUUGGAAAUGUCGUACUGUUCAAGCAAAAGUUCAGUGUCAUACAGAAAACUCUAGGCUAGACUGUCCUUUUGUUUAGGGAGAAAAAGGGUUUUUAAUGGAGCCCUGAGGCAUUAGAUGCUUUACUUGGGACUCUACUUCUGGCUCAUUGUAUGCUAACUUAGGCAAAGACAUUCAGCCAGGAGCCAUAUAAGGAGAGUGGAAAUGAAUACUUUAUGGACUCCUUUUUAUUAGCAGUCUUUUCAGGUACUCUGACAUGUGAACACUCCAAUAUCUGUUUAUAGAGUUGUUUGGUCUUUGUAGCACAAUAUUGGCUUAUGUAUGUGAUUUGACACCACUGCAUUUUUUUUAAUAAAUGGCUUUUAUAUAUUAGUU